AAUUCAUAUGCCUGUGAAGUGUUUGUGUGGAAAAAUUUCAUCCAUUGUCUUCAACCGGAAACAAAAAAAUAACUCAAUCAAUCAUGGAUUAUUGUGACAAUGAAACAUUAAAACAAUUUGAACAGACAAAAAGUUCCGAUUCAUUAGAAUCGGUUGUUUAUUUAUAUAAAGUUUUCGUACCAAUAUUACUUGCUGGUUGUUUAUUAAGCCUGAUAUUGAACACCGUAUUGGUCAUUAUUGGCACAAUAAUACAAUCCAGAUUAUCACGUUCAAAUCGUUCACGUUCACCAAUAUUAUUAUUAUCAUUGAAUUUAGCGGCCACCGAUAGUAUUGCAUCAUUUUUGAUGGGUUUUGGUCUAUUAAUAAAUUCAUUUUUACCAGUAGUUUUGGGCAUUAAUCUAACAAAUUUAUGUUUUAAAUUAAUAUUGGAAAUAUUUCGUCUUUCAGCAUUGAUUGCAUCGGCAUUACAUUUGCUUGCAUUAGCAUUAGUACAUUAUAAGGGUAUUGUUAAUCCACUUCAUUAUCGAUCGAUGAUUUUUUGCUCUCAACAUCGAACACGUAGCAUUUAUCUGAUAUCGUUCAUCUGUUGGCUACUACCAUCGGUGGUGAUUGCAUCGUAUUUUGGUUCCAUACCAUGUCAAGGAUUUCAACAUGAAACUUGUCGCUCAUAUUUCAUACAAACAUUUCGUUUUCGUUUCAUGAUUGUAAUUGCAUUUUUUAUACCAUUAGUAUUGAUGCUUUAUCUUUAUACAAGAAUUUUUAUAAUUAUUAAAAGACAUCAAAAACAACGUUUAAUGAAUCAGAAUAAAUCUGGUGUCAGUGGUGGUGGUGGUGGUGGUGGUGGUGGUGGUAUUGGCAUUAGUAAGAAGAAGAAAUUAAUGGAUGAUGAUGAUGAUGAGAAAACAACAGUAUUGCAACAUAAUGAUAUUGAUAUUCGUGAUGAUCAUCAUUAUUAUUCUUCUUGUUCCAAACGGUCGUCUUCUUUAUUAUUGGAAAAGAAUUUUGUUGACAAAUUUUUUAUCAACAACAACAACAACAACAACGACAAUGAAAAGCAAGAUAAAUUCUGUUUAUCGAACAAAAAUCAAGAACAUAGCCAAUCGUUUAUGUCAUCAAUUAUUGACCACCAUCAUGAACAACAUGGACAUGAAAUGUCAACACCCAAUAUGAAUAGAACUUGUUCAUUGAAUAAUGAUCUUCAUCAUCAAAAACCGACGACGACGACGACGACGAUAAAAAAUGUUCAAAUCGUUGAAUUUGAUAAUCAAAAAGAACGUAGUUGUAUUGUACAAAAAUCAUGGCAGAAAUACUUACCAAAUUCUUCACCAUCAACUACCAAUACAACAACGGCAACAAGAAUAACCAACGAUCCAUGUAAUGAUCAUGAUGAUGAUGAUGAAAACGAUAAUUAUUCAUCCAAAUUUCAAAAUUCAUCAAUCAAUCAUCAAAAAAAUGAUCACAGAACAAUAAAUGGCCAACAUUAUUCGGAUGGAAAUGAAUCAAUAAAACGGCAACAAAAUUGUGGUACAAUUAUCAAUGCAAACAGUUCAAUAACCACAAAUAAUAAUAAUACCAAUGCAAAAGCAUUGAUUACAACAUUAUCAAUAUUGGGAACAUAUAUUCUAUGUUGGAUGCCAGCCGUACUGUUUUUUGCAUUAACCUGUAUUGAUCAAUGUUAUUAUCCAAUCAAUACGAUUAGUUAUCGUUGCCGUGUUGUAUUUAGUUUCAUAACAAAUGGUUUAGUCAUAUUGAAAGCAAUUAUCGAUCCAUUUAUCUAUACGUAUCGUAUGAAAGAAAUGAAAAAUGCAUUGAAUAGAUGCUUUUAUUUUAUCUGUCCAUUUGAUUGUGUAAGAAAUUGUUGUCCACCUGAUGAAACAUCGACAUCAAAUCGACAUUAUGAAUCAACAUCAUGGUCUCGUAUGGAUAAUAAUAAUUCAAUUGUUUCAAUUAAAAUGAAAAAAUUACAUCAUCAUCAUCCAUCUCAAUUAACCAAUUCACAGCGACGAAGACUGGCGGCCAAUAUCUGAAAUGGAAUUUUUAAACAACAACAACAACAACAACAACAAAAAUGACCAUCACUCAUAUAUACCGAUUUUAAAUUGACACAAUUGAAUGCUGCCAAUGCUGUAUAUUUAUCAUAUUUAUACCAUGUAUUUAGUUGAAAAAAAAAUCAAUUUUCAGACAGAAAAAAAAAAAAUGAAAAUAAAAUUUUUUCUCCCCA